CAACUCUGCACGAGAAUGAUGCAUAUCCAGUCGUCGUCAGCCCACGUUGACGUACAUAUCCAUGUCAUAAGCCGUUGACCUCAGAUAAUACCAUUUCUCCAACCAUCCGCCUGAGGAACUCAGCAUGAAAGUCAUCCUCACAGGCGCAACAGGCUUCAUCGGCAGCGAAAUCCUCUCCCAACUAAUAGCACACAACUACAUCAACCACGUCUACCUCCUCACCCGCCGCCCGCAUCCAGACCCAAAGUUCAGCUCCAGCAAGAAAGUCACCCAAAUCCUCCACGAAGACUUCGAAGCCUACCCCGACGCCCUCCUCCAGCGAUUCAGAGACGAAGGCGUAGAAGCAUGUAUUUGGAGCUUAGGAGGACCCGUCUCCGCAUUCAAGAAUAUCGAUGAAGCGCGGAAAGUCGGCGUGAAUUUUCCUGCGGCUGCGGCGGAAGCUUUUAGCAAUGGGGUUGCGUAUACCAUGGAGCCGUAUGUGGGAUAUCCGGAGAAACAGCCUGCGGUGGGGGAUAAGAGGUUUCCGUUUCGGUUUGUGUUCAUUUCUGGGUGGGGAGCGGAGCAGGAUCAGUUUAAGAGGUUGUGGAUGUAUGGUGAAAGUCGGAAGAUUAAAGGAGCUGCGGAGAAGGCUUUGUUUGAUAUUGCUGGGAGGGCAGAAGAGAAGGGAGUUAAUGUGGGUGAUGGACAGGAUGCUAGUGUGAAUGCGAAGCAUAAUGCUGGGCAGAAAUAUAAGUGCUUUGAGGUUAUUGCUCUGCGGCCUGGUGGAGUGCUGAAAGGGAACAGUGAGGGCAUGCUGAAUGUGGUUACGGAAGCCGUGAUACCUAGCAUUGCUGUACAACGACUUGCGAAGACCGCGAUCAAGGUUGCAUUUCACGGAGCCAAUAGAAAGACGAUACUGGAGAACAAAGACUGCUUAGGUGACGAUUGGGCAUUGGUGAAUAGCUUCCGAAUGUGA